AUGAUGAGCCCGGCUUUCGCAACAACUCUGGCAUAUGAUCCUACCGGCAAUCCAUAUCAAAUGACAUAUCCGGCCGGUGCUACAAUUUAUCCGGCAACAACCACACCGUUUUCGAUUCCUGCUGCAGCUGAUCCCCGUACAUUUGAAAUGAUACCACAUCGUAUUUUUACUACGGAACUUGAUUUGCGUUUAUUUUUUGAAAAAUUUGGUCAUGUUCGUGAAGCAAAGGUAAUUCGUAGCAGUGAGGGAACAUCCAAGGGAUAUGGCUUCAUAACGUUUGAUACAGAGGAUGAAGCAAAAACUGUCAUGCAAAUUAGCACGAACCAAGAAGCGGAAAAGCUCGAAUUCAAAGGACGUCGGUUAAAUCUUGGGCCUGCCAUUCGCCGUAUGAUUCAUGGUCCACGUUUCACGCCAGAAUAUGCUAUUGCAACACCAACGGGACAACUACUUACUACAUCAGCAUUCGGAGGGAUUACUUACGCGAUCUCACAGUCGCCAUUUGUUGUGAUGCCACCACCGAAUCAAGUGCAACCAUUCGUCUACUCGCCAGUUUCUACUGUCGCGCCAGCACAAUACACAAUUUCGAAUACUGAUGUGGGAAAUAACAGAACUCAGCAAUUUAUUGCAAACGGCGGUACGGCACCAGUGAUGCUUGUACCAAAUAAUGGUAAUACGAUAAGUCCACAUGAUUCACCACGUACGAACGGUAUGGGUGGACAACCACAAGCAGUUAAUGGGUCGGUACAUAUUCCAGCUUCUGGACAACCACCACAGCAGCAGGCAUACGUAAACAUGCAACAGAUAGCGCAAGUGACUACUCAGCCGCUUACACCGAUGACACCGUCAGUUGCUACACAGCGUGCAGCACUUUUUCCGCCAACAGCUGCCUAUUAUGCGCCAACCGCGCCUGCUAAUGAUAUGACUCAUUACUCUCAAAUGACUGCGCCAACAUAUUUCUUUGCUCCCAGUGGAUAUCAAACUAUUGACGGAAGCGGACAAACUGCUGCGAUGGCAAUUCCAGCACCAAAUCCAAUUCAGCUAGUGCCACAACCGAUAACACCACAGACUCCGCAGCCAUGUUUCUAUGAGGAAAAUAUGAUUGGUGGUUGGCAAAACCAGGUUGAAAUUCGUCCUACAAGUACUCCUCGGCGUAGUCCGAUGAAGUCGGUCGUGUCACUUUCAAAUCAACUUGGUCAAGUUAAUCUGCAGCAAUACGAACGUAAGGAGUGUCAACAAGGAGGAAGUGUUGCAACUGCUACUAACAAACAAUUUCCAUGA